AAAAUUAAUGUAGCUGAAAAUUUUGUUUUUUAUAAUUUGUUGUUUAUUUUGAAUAUCCAAAAAAUUCUCGAAAAUUUAGUAGUUGCUUUUACAAAUUCAGACUUUAAAAAUAGGAAACUAUAGAAAGUAAGAAAACUUUUGGGUCGAAAAUUUUCAGACAUUUAAAAACCAAAAAUUAAAAAAAUAACUUAAUUUAAGAAAUAUAAAGUUUUGGAUCUUGAAGUGCCAAAACGUGGGCAAUGUGAUCGUUUAAAUAUUAGAGAAAAAGGGGUUUGAACUUUGAAGGUCAAAACUAAAAAAAUUUAGGUAAAUUCUAUAUAACGUGAAUCAUGGAGAUAUGGUAGUAUUUUUCUUUAGAAACGAUCUCUUCAUCCAUUGAAGUACUCACCUUAUAAGACGCUAAAUCAGAAGAACAAUGAAAUGCUCACCAUAUAAGACGUUAUACUCUCUCUCUCUGAAUUAGGUAUGUUUUUUUAUCACUUUGAUAAAUGUUGGCAUGUUGUUCAAAUCCGUCAUGGACUCUACCGUCCUUCCCUGCUCUCUCUCUCCUGCACAUCUGCACCACCACCAAAGAAUUCAAUCAAAUCCACACACCAUUCGUCAAAACCGGCCUCAUCAAACAAGACCAUGUAUCAACCAAGCUUUUCUCUCUCUACUUGACCCUCCAUUCUGACAAUCUCGACCACGCAAGGCGUCUUUUUGAUCAGAUCCAAGAACCCAAAUCAUUUGCUUGGAAUUCAAUCUUAAAAGCAUACAUUAACAAUCAUCGAUCCCAUGAAGCUCUUGUGCUCUAUCACAAUUGUCUCUUUCAUGGUGUUUCGCCUAAUAAAUUCACUCUUCCCAUUGUGAUCAAAGGAUGUGGACGUUUGAGUGCAUCAGAAGAAGGGAGACAAGUCCAUGGCCAUGUUUUGAAAAUGGGUUUUGGAUUUGAUAUCCAUACACAAAGUAGCCUUGUUGAUAUGUACUCCAAAUGCGGGGAAAUCUGUUUCGCUAAGAAAGUAUUUGAUAGGAUGGUAGAGAGGGACCUUAUUUCUUGGAAUUCAAUGAUUGCAGCUUUCGCAAAGUGUGGAGAGAUGGAAAGAGCACACAAAUUGUUCAAAGAGAUGCCUCGGAAGGAUGUGUUUUCAUGGACUACUCUGAUCAAUGGCUAUGCAAAAAUUGGGUCAAUGACUAUAGCUAAAGCAUUAUUUGAUGAAAUACCUGAGAAAAAUGUGGUAUCGUGGAACACCAUAAUCAGUGGGUAUUUGAAAUAUGGACAAAUUGAUAGUGCAUUCCAUUUAUUCAAUUGUAUGCCUGAAAGAUCUUUGGUUUCUUGGAAUUUGAUGAUUUCUGGUUUGGAACAUAGUGGGCAUCCAAAGAAGGCAUUGGAAGUUUUUGAUGAAAUGUUGAAGGUGAGGGUGAGGCCUAAUGCUGCCACCAUAGUUAGUGCUCUCUCUGCUGUCUCUGAAUUGGCGCUUCUUAACAAGGGGAAAUGGAUUCAUUCUUAUAUGGAUAGGUUAGGUUUUCAAAUAAGUGCGGUUCUUGCUACUUCACUCAUAGAGAUGUACUCGAAGUGUGGGAGCAUUGAGAUUGCCCUUGAGGUUUUUCGGUCCUUACCUGAAAGGAGGGUCGGCCAUUGGACAGCAAUUAUCAUUGGGCUAGCGAUGCAUGGUCUAGCCAAUCAUGCUCUCAAAUUAUUCAAAGAAAUGAGAAGUGUAGGGUUGAGACCUCAUGCUCUUACAUUCCUUGGUGUGUUGAAUGCAUGUAGCCAUGCCGGUAUGGUCCAUGAGGGUCGCCUGUAUUUUGAGGUCAUGAGCCAUGAAUAUGGCAUCAUACCUACCAUUCAGCACUACGGUUGCAUGGUUGACAUGUUAAGUCGAUCUGGUCAUUUAGAAGAGGCAAAGGAUGUCAUAGAGAGGAUGCCUCUGCAAGCAAAUGAGGUAAUUUGGAUGACUUUACUUAGUGGGUGCAGAAAACAUGGAAACAUUGAGAUUGGUGAGUAUGCAGCUAAGUGUGUGGUGGAGUUAGAUCCAAAUGCAACUGGUUGCUAUGUACUUCUCUCUAAUAUAUAUGCUGCCGCUGGUCGAUGGGAUGAUAUGGCGAAGGUGAGAGAAACCAUGAGAUGGAGAGGGGUGAGAAAGGACCCAGGUCGUAGUCUGAUCGAUCAUGGUGGUGUGAUACAUGAGUUCAUUGUCGGAGAUCGAUCUCAUCCUCAAACUGAGGAAAUUUACUUGAAGUUGGAUGAGAUGCAUGAAAGGUUGAAGUCUAUAGGAUAUGAACCAGAUAAAACUCAGGUCUUGUUGCAUAUAGAAGAUAGUGAGAAGGAAGUUGCGUUGUCCUAUCAUAGUGAGAAGCUUGCCAUUGCUUUUGGUCUCAUCAACUUGGAACGGGGAAUGCCUAUACGCAUUGUGAAAAAUCUUCGUGUAUGUCCCGAUUGCCAUUCGGCUACAAAGCUUCUAUCAAUUACAUAUGGUUGUGAUAUAAUUGUGAGGGAUAAUAGUCGAUUUCAUCAUUUCAAGAAUGGAUCCUGUUCGUGCAUGGAUUAUUGGUGAGUUUGAACUUCAGAUUAUAGAAUGAAUAUCAAAUUUUUGGGUGCAAGAA